AUGGGGUCGCUACCAAUGAACUGCUUAUUGUUGGCUUUUACAAUUUUAUUACAAAUCAAUGGAUUCCAUGGUUGUAUUGAGGAGGAGAGAAGGGGUCUUCUGGAAAUUAAGACAUGUUUUCGAUUGAUGAAUGGUGAAGAAGACACUACACUUCUUUCAUGGAUUCAUAGAAAAGAGAAUAACUACUGCAACUGGGAGAGAGUCAUGUGUGAUCCAACUACAAAAAUAAGAAUUCUUGAUUUAUCUGGAAAUUACUGGUGGAGUUCUGCUAAUACUACAGGUUUUAUAAAAUUGGUCCAUUUGAAGAGGUUAGAGAAGUUAAACCUUGCUGUUAAUGCGUUCAACAACAGCAUCUUCAAGUCUCUUAGCACACUCAAGCCGUUGAAGUUUUUGAACCUCAGUUUAAAUAAUUUUGAAGGGCUUCUUCCAGUACAAGAUCUAUCGGCUUUGUGGAACUUGGAAAUAUUGGAUAUAAGUAAUAACGAGUUUGAGGGUAACCUCUCGUUGCAAGAUACAACAAGUUUAUCAAAGUUGAGAAAGUUGGAGCACCUAGAUUUAGGCUGUAACCAUUUCAACAAGCCCAUUCUGAAGUCAGUUAGCAAUCUAAAGGCUUUUAAAUUCUUAUCGUUACAACAAAAUGAGAUGGAAGGUCCAAUUUCAAAUAACGAGCUGGACAGCCUAAAUAAGGAACUAGAAGUCCUAAUUUUAAUAGGAAAUCAACUGGCUGGUCAUCUACCUAUUCAAGAUCUUAUAUCUUUCAAGAACUUAAAGGUCCUAAAUAUGAGCAAGAACAAUUUCAUGGGGAGCGUGCCUCAAAUAAUUGGGCUCAUGUCCUUGCUUACGGCACUAUCAUUGGCAAAAAACAAGAGUAAUGGUUUCUUGCCCAGUAAAGAUACACAAUAG